AUGGAUAACAUACAAGCAGUCACCCAGCUCAUCGAGAGGAGUCACGAGUAUCACCUUCCCUUGGUUCUUGUUUUCGUGGAUUACAAGAAGGCAUUCGACUCAGUCGAAGUCAACGCUGUUUUGAAUGCCCUUACGCAAGCCGGAGUUCUCCCUGCAUAUAUCCAUUUGCUCGAACAAUGUUUUACGAAUACAUCAACAAACAUCCAGUUGUUCGACCGCAAGAUGAAGAUUCCAAUUGAAAAAGGAGUAAGGCAAGGAGACACGGAUAUCGUUCUAGUCUCCACUAACACAGCUGAAAUGGAAGAGAUGAUCAACGAACUCAAUGUGGUAGGUCUGAAGAUAGGGUUGGAAAUGAAUAUGUCCAAAACGCAAAUGAUGGUGAACCAGUGGAGUGAUAUGGGAGAAAUAAAAUUGGCAGGAAGAGCUCUAGAAAGAGUCUAG